GCUGGCUGGCGCCCCUCUUCUCACUCGUAAACCCCAUCAGCAAAUUAUGCCCCAUGCUUCCUCUAAGGGAGGACCCUCUGAUUGUGGGUGAAAUACCGUCUGGCAAAACCGGAAGGGGAUGUCUAGAGAGGGGUGGUGGCUCCCUCCGCGCACGUCACAGAGCUAGUAUUGAAAUGUCCUCAGGUGGGGGUGGAUUCCUACCACUUGGUCCAGACCUCUACAGGCCUUUCAUCGCUCAGCUCAUCGGUGAAGUGGGGAGUGAGUGGUCAUGGCCUGGCAGAUGACACAGUUGCUGCUUCUGGUUUUGGUGGCGGCUGCAUGGGGUGCCCAGGUCCCCGGGACUCCACGGGCCAGGACCAACCUGCUCAACGUCUGCAUGGAUGCCAAGCACCACAAGGCAGAACCGGGCCCUGAGGACAGUCUACACGAGCAGUGCAGCCCCUGGAGGAAGAAUGCCUGCUGCUCUGUCAACACCAGCAUAGAAGCCCAUAAGGACAUUUCCUACCUGUACAGAUUCAACUGGGACCACUGUGGCAAGAUGGAGCCUGCAUGCAAGCGCCACUUUAUUCAGGACACCUGUCUCUAUGAGUGCUCACCUAAUCUGGGGCCCUGGAUCCGGGAGGUUAACCAGAGCUGGCGCAAAGAACGGAUCCUGAAUGUGCCCCUGUGCAAAGAGGACUGUCAGAUCUGGUGGGAAGACUGCCGCACCUCCUACACUUGCAAGAGCAACUGGCACAGGGGCUGGGACUGGACCUCAGGGUACAACCAGUGCCCGGUGAAAGCUGCCUGCCACCGCUUUGACUUCUACUUCCCCACGCCUGCUGCUCUGUGCAAUGAAAUCUGGAGUCACUCCUUCAAGGUCAGCAACUACGGCCGGGGCAGCGGCCGCUGCAUCCAGAUGUGGUUCGACCCCUUCCAGGGCAACCCCAAUGAGGAGGUGGCAAGAUUUUACGCUGAGAACCCCACUUCUGGGUCCACACCCCAGGGGAUUGGACCCCUCCUGCUCAACUUGACCCAGAUGCUGCCACUCUGGCUCCUUAACUAAGCUGUUCCCACUGCUGACACCUGGGCACCUUCCUUGCCUGCACCCAACCUGUGUGAUUAUCUCAGUUCAGCCCAGCUCCACUCUCUCAGAUGAGGAGGACUCGUAAUACCUUGGUCAUUGUUUCCUGAUCCAAAAUCCUAUGGGGAUCCUCUGAGAGCUUAUUCUAAUAAAUAUAUCCAUGUGUGUACU